UGUACCUUGUGAAAGAUCUGUUGCUUGAUGUACCAGCCCGGUUAGGUAGGGGUGCGUAGCAUUUUAGUUUAACCCUUGUUUUCUCUUGGAUUUGGAGUUAGGUUAGUAACUUGUCAUGUUGUUUCUUUAAUUUGAGGAGGUAAGUUUAGGUUGUUGGCCUUAAGGUUGCCUGAAGCAAAAAAACUGAGUUUUAAUAAACCUUCAAAUAGGUUGAAAUAUUUUGUUGCUGGUGGUUCUUGGGAGCUGAGAAGAGGGGAGACUCAUUCAUCAGGCUGCGACUGGGUUUUCACCUGUGCUGGGUCGUACCGAUGCCAGUCCCCUUUGUCUUCCGGGGAGUGGUCAAGUGAGCUGAAGGCAUACACCAGAGGAAGGGGAGAGAUGAGUAUCUCAGCAGCUGUAGAAGAGGACACAGCUGGGGGAAGGGAGUGGAGAUGACUGAGGGUUCCUGCUGAGAGCCUCCGGUGGGACUUUGUGUGAGACUUUAACUCCAUCAGCUGGGACUCAGCGUGUCUGUCAUGUCUCCCACCUCUUACUGUGAUCGUUGUUUGUGUUAUUGAUCUUACGAGUGCAGAGGAGAUGGAGCACAGGAAACCUUCCAACUGAGUCGAAUUGGCCCUUGAAAGAGCUUCUGUGGUGUCAUCUCAUCUUGAAAACCAUGAUAACUAAAAGGAAAUACCGCCUACACUACACUUACGUUAUCGACCUGUUCUCUUUCCUGGAUGAGUUGACUUUAUAUCCUGAGGUUGAAGAGAGAAAUGAAAUCCCUCUGACCGGAACUGUCGUUACAUCUUUGAAUUAUCUGAAAUCAACGACCCUGCACCCGCUGGCCACCAUGAACAGCUCAGUCCUGCCACUCACAAACAGCACCCCGCUCUGCUACACCAAGAACAGCCCUCCAUUCACCUCCAUUCAGCCCCCCAUCGCCUCAGCCUACUACUCAUCUAUCUUCAUGAUCCUGGGUCUCACCUCUAAUCUUGUCGCCUUUGUAGUUCUCCUGAAGUCCUUCCAGCGAACGCAGAGCCGCUCUCGCUCCUUCUUCCUGAUCUUCCUUGGUGGACUGGUGGUCACUGACUUCAUGGGUCUUCUGCUCACAGGCACCAUUGUGGUUUCAUUCCAUGUUACUCACUUUAAUUGGCGCCAUUUAGACCCAAACUGCCAUUUCUGCAACUUCAUGGGUAUGUCCAUGGUGUUCUAUGGACUGUGCCCGCUGCUGCUUAGUGCUUCCAUGGCACUGGAGCGUUUCAUUGGCAUCAAUUGGCCAUUUGCACGCUCCUCUAGCGUGAGCAAGAGCCGGACAAUCUCCAUGGUGUUGAUGGUUUGGUUUAUCGCUGGCUGCAUUGCGUUGCUGCCUCUAACAGGCGUUGGGGCCUACCACUUGCAGGUGCCAGGCUCCUGGUGUUUUUUGAAUAUCAGCUCUGAGGGAAAUGACCUGAUCUUCUCCCUGAUCUUUUCAUUUGUUGGUUUGAUAAGCAUCGCUGUGUCAUUUUUGCUGAACACGAUAAGCGUGGUGACCCUGAUCAAGGUUUGCUGCGGACAGGACAGGAGCCAGCGGCGCCGAGAUCACGAAGUGGAGAUGAUGGUUCAGCUCAUCCUGAUCAUGGUCAUCGCUUCUAUCUGCUGGUGCCCCCUUCUGAUCUUUAUUGCAGAGACUGUGCUGUCCGGAGCGCAGCUCCAGGUCAAAUACCUACUGCUGUGGCUGCGCUUCGCCACCGGAAACCAGAUCCUGGAUCCCUGGGUUUACAUCCUGUUUCGCAGGGCGGUUCUCAAGAGAAUCUACCCCCGCUUCGACUGGUCCAGAGGCUCCAUCAUGACCUUGUACCCAUCUCUCAGAGACACUGUGCGCAGGUUGACACGUUCUUCAAUCGGGAGCACUGUGGGAUCGAAUGAAACAGGAGAGACGGGAAAAUUGAAUGUGACGCCCCCAUCUACCUUGAACCCACCACCAUCUCUUUGAUUGGUUGGAUUUUGAAUUGUUGUUGCAGCAGAAUGUUGGAAAUCAUGUAGAUAACACCCAUUAUCUGAAAGGAUUAUGUUAUCUCAUACCAUUCACAUUUAUUUUAGUAUUAACAGUAACACCUUAAUUCACAGUAUAAUGAUCAAACCUGUAUCGAUAAAUCAAUAUCACCACUUAACACUGAAGUUAGCUAAGGAACUUUUUAAGCAAUCUACAUGCAUUAGCCUUUUCAGGUACAGAGCCUGAAAAUAUUUGUAUGAUGUUUGAGUUUAAAACAUUUUAUUGAGGCAAUCUGUGUUGAUUGUUUUGAUGAACACAUGUACACGAUAGACCGUAACUGUGUUUCAUGCUCAUGCUCAAUGCUCACGUCUUUUUUGAAAGUGUUUAAAUUAACAUUUUGGGGGGAAACCCUUAAAUUUUCAAUAUUGUGUUGGAACAGGUGAUCCAGAGACCAUCAAACCUAAAACAGACUUCUGCUGAUCUCAUAGAGGUGCUUCAAAGUGAAAAUGUUUUCAUCAGAGUGUACAAAGUAUGUCCCAAUGUUUGCCUGGGGCCUUGUGCAUGAUUUUCAUUUUCCUUUGAUCUAGAAAAUGUAAUCUACUAUAUGUGUUUUAUUCACAAUGGAAUUACUGUAGAAUCAGGUGUAAUAGGGUUAAAAAUACUAAAAAAAAACCUGGGCAUGAUCUGUUGCUAAUUUUUCCAGAUAUACAAAAAACUGCCAUGUCUGCUUGUCUGUCAUACACCAAAUGGACGUAUACAAGUUUGCCUGAAAAAAGAAAAAUGAGACCAUUAAAAUACAGUGUUAUAAUGUCAAUAAAUGAAAAUGCAAUAGUAUUUCAAAUAACAUAUUUACUGUGAAAUGUGAUCAUAGCUAUAUUCUGGUUUUAAUAUUGUUGCUGAUAGCGUACAACACUGUAU